ACCAAAAUAAUAACAUAGAAUACUAUGAUAAUAAUAUGUGAAAUAUUAGACACUAAUUGAUAAUUUUUAUUGAUAAAUAUUAAAUGGUAAUAAUAAUUUAAAACGUGCAAUUUACUUUGGUGGAAGUAAUUGAUUUACAAAAUGGCAGCUGAAGAAUUACAGAAACAGUUCCAAACAGAACUGGAUGCUUUUAAACAAUGUCAAAAAGAAAUUAAUCAAUUGGCUGGAAUGCGUCAACAAUUGGAUGGUCAGCUAAAUGAAAACUCAAUUGUCAAAGAAGAGUUGGCUCUAUUAAAACCUUCAGGUGAAGUAUAUAAGAUGGUUGGUCCUAUAUUACUACGUCAAGAUCACACAGAAGCUAAAGAAAAUAUCGACAAACGUAUGAGUUAUAUAAAAAAUGAGUUGCAAAGAAUUGAUGACCGGAUACACACAUUAGAGGGGAAACAAGACGAAUUUAGGGAGACACUUACUAAAUUACAACAACAGUUUCAAGCUCAACAAAUAAAAAAGUAAUUUAAGUUGAGUAUCAACCACUUCAAAUCAACUAAAGAAAAAUUAUGCUUCUAACUAUUUAUUUAGUGUGUCUAAUUCAUUGAAUUUCUAAUAAUUUCUAAAUGUUUUCAUAAGUGAUAGCACUAAUAAUAUAUUAACGUGUAUUCAUAUUCAAUAUAUCCAUGGACCUAAAAAAAUAGUUUAUUUAAUUUACUAAUAAAUAUUUGCUCGAUAAUAAUUCAUUUUUUAUGUUAAGUAUCAAUCUAUAAGUAACUUACUAAGUAAUAAUACAAAAUUGUUGGAUGUUAAAGUAAUAUGUAUUUAAGUGAAAAUUAUACUUUAUGUAUUAAAUAUUAUCACAAUAUUUA